AUAUUGCAAUGGCAACUAAAGUAAUUAAAUAUAUUGGUCGUACUACCGAUUUCAAAGGUAAAACCUUAUGGGAAAUAGUGGGUGAUCUUAAAGAUUUUGGUGUUGGCCGGUUGGUGGUACGCAACAUGUUCCAACGUUACCCAGAGCCAUGUUAUAUGCGUAUACUGAAGGUGGAUACCGUGGAUGCUGAGGAUGGUGAUAAGCCCCGCAAAGUAAAGGUUACCGUAGAGAAAACCUGGCGUGGUGUUACCCUACCCAAACCGGUGGAAAUUUUCAGUACAAGUUAUAAGGCCGAUUAUGAAUUGGUGGACAAAGAAGAUGAGCAUAAAUAUCUACAGAAUACAGCUAAAGUCGAGGAAAAAAUAUUGAAUCCAUUUGUUGAGUUUCCACCAUUGCUACGUGAAUUCAUUAGUGAAGAAACCGGUAAUACAAAUCCCCAAAUGAAGGUGCAUUUUAAGCAAACCGAUAACAAAUUUGUACGCCUCGCCAAGGAUGGUGAAAAACCAACAAUACAAGUAACAAUGGGUUUAGGACAACCCUCGACCAUAGCUAAGAAGUUUUAUGAAGGUGUGUUAUAGAUAUUAAAA